CCCCCACGUGGCGGCAGGAGGCAGUUACCAUCGCCCAGGGAGGGAAGGGCAGCAGGAGCCCUCUCUGGCUCCCUCCGACAGCAUGAAGAUCUGUGCUGUGAAGUCCUGAACAAUGAAAGCUCACAUCAUGCCCCUGACAUCUUACAAGAACCAUGUCAUCCUGAUCUUAGAACAUUAAAAGAAAGGACAAGGGAAGGCAGAUAUUUCAACUGUCCAACCAUCAGUAAGUGACUGUUCUAAUCUUCCAGCCAUGGCUUCCUUCCAGGUGAUGCUGUUUCUCUUUGCUUUGCUGCAUCAAUCAUUGCCCACUGAAGGAAAGGAUCCGGCUUUCACUGCAUUGUUAACCAACCAACCGCAUAUUCAAAGAGAGAUUGUAAAUAAACACAAUGAACUGAGGAGAUCAGUUAACCCCACUGCCAGCAACAUGCUAAAAAUGGAGUGGAGCAUAGCAGCAUCAGGAAAUUCUCAAAAGUGGGCUAACAAGUGUAUUUUAGAGCACAGCAAUUGGCAAGACCGAAAGAUCAAUACAAAAUGUGGUGAGAAUCUCUAUAUGUCAAGUGACCCUACUUCUUGGUCAGCCGUAAUUCAAAAUUGGUACGAUGAAAGUGAGUUUUUUACUUAUGGUGUAGGAGCAAAACCCAAUGCAGCUGUUGGACAUUACACUCAGGUUGUUUGGUAUUCAUCUUACAAAGUUGGAUGUGGAAUUGCUUACUGUCCCAACCAAGACAUCCUAAAAUACUUCUACGUUUGCCAAUACUGUCCUGCGGGUAACAAUGCAUUGACAAAGAGCACUCCUUACCAACAAGGGGAAGCUUGUGCUAGCUGUCCCAACAACUGUGACAAUGGACUAUGCACCAAUAGCUGUGAGUAUGAAGAUUUGCUUAGUAACUGUGAGUCCUUGAAGAACUCAGCAGGCUGUGCACAUGGACUGCUCAAGGAAAAGUGCCAGGCUACUUGCCUGUGUGAAGGCAAAAUUCACUAACAUGUCCAGUGUGUGGUGUGAAGGACUACAUGAGAAGGUGAUGCAGCCUUUAGCUGAGACAUGCCAGGGAAACCUAUAGGAGAUCAGUGACAAGUCGGAUCCCAAAUGACAAGGCUUCUUCCCUUCCAGGAUUUGUACAGAAAUCUUUUUUUAUACAGCCAUUAAAAAAGUGUCAUUUAGGAUGACAACUUUGGACUAUGACCAACUUUGGUGCUUUAAAUGUAAUGAAUUGAAUUGGUGGAGAAUUUUGAAAGUUGUGCAAACACAGGUCAUUCGUCACUAGAACUUUGAAAAAAAAGAAAAAACCGUAUGUGUCCUAAAACAACUUGCAAUGGAAUAAUGGACUGUAGAAACAUCACCGUCCACCUACUCUACAGUGUCUACCAGGAUGAAGCUUGACAUCUGUAUUUGUCUUAUGUCCUUUUAAUUAAACACAAGUAAUCUUUUUCAAUAAAGAACUUAAGCAACUACA